GUCACUCACGCAUGCCUACACACACACUCUCUCACGCGAGCACCACACGACUGCGUCUCGUCGAUGGAAUGGCAUUUUUCCAGGUAGGAGGAGGGAGGCAGCGAGUGGUGGGGGCACGCUGGCUGUGGGCACAGCUCUUACUGCUGCUGCAGCUGCUGCUGCUCCUGCUGCAGCUGUUGCCCUCCGCGCUCGCCUUCUCACGUGGAGCUGACCCCGCUGCCUGCCUGGACGGGAGACCGCGCCACGUCGGGGCACGGACCCAGCCUCCCGGCACCGCGGCCGCUCGAAUCGUCCUGGGCAAGGCGCGGUUCCGGCCCGGGGAACACGUGCCGGUGAUCAUCAGGAGCUCGCGGGACUUCAUGGGGUUCUUGCUGCAGGCGAGGAGCGUCCCCACGCCCCGUGUGUCUGGAGACAGCGUCCCGGGAGACGUGCGCCUGGUGGGGACGUUCACGCACCGCCCAGGGGGGACGCACCUCCUGCGCUGCCCCGCGUGGGGGCAGCCCCCGGGAGACGCGGGGCAGCCGCAGCUGCCGCAGGGCGGGGCGAGCGUCACGCACACGGACAAGUCGCUCAAGCGGAAUCUGUCGUUUGUGUGGCGAGCGCCCGUGGACGGCGCACACGGAGACGUGAGGUUCAUGGCCUCUAUUGUGCAGUCCUACUUCGUGUUUUGGUCCGACGUGGAGUCGCCCAUCCUGCGCGCUCACCACGACCCCAGCGGCGACGACAGCGUCCGAAACGAGAUCGACCUCGCUGCUGGUGGUGGCGGAGGUGACGGGAAAGGUGAUGGUGAAGCCGAUGAUGGUGAUGAUUAUACUCUGUUAAGAGGAACCACCAACGCUUCGUCACUACCCGUCCACCAAGACCUCCAAGCCUCUUCGCCUCCCACCCAACGAUGGGGAGACGAGGCGAAGACCACAGCUACAGUGACAAUGACUACGAUGAUGGUGACGACACUGAUGAUGACUUCUCCGUCAACCUCUGCGGAAGUCCGUGAAGACUCGCCCCGCACAGUCAUUGAACUCGUCACCCACAAGCUGGGCGAGGCAACUCAGACUGCAGACAUCGCGGAGCAGGGAGCUGCAGGAGGUGGUCGAGUUGAAGGUGGACAUCUCCAGGAGGUGCCCACCUUGGCGUGGAGUGAUGAUGAGUUCACGAGCGGUGAAACUCCAGGAGGUUUGACCACGGGUGGAACGUGGCCAGUGGAAAAGUCUACCGUGUGGAUAUCGACACGGCCAGCGUCAUCCCUAUCAUCAGCAGCAGAAAUUGAAGCAGCAACAGUAGCUGCAUCAUUAUCAGAAGUAACAAUAACAGCACCAGCAGCAGCGACAACAUCAUCAUUAACAUCAUCAGCAGAAGUAGCGGAAGUAUCAUCACCAUCAUCUUCUUCUCUAUCAGCAACAUCAACGAUGUCUUGGUCCACUUUGCCAGCAAGUUCAGCAUUGACAGAGUUAAUAUUGCCAAAAGAAGGCAUGCCACAGAUAGGAGCUCACAAUAAAGCUGAUGUGACAUCAGUAACAGGACCACAUGGACAGAGAGUGACAAUUGCAAAUACCCUAACAGCCAGCGUGAUGAAUAACAAUAGCUGGUCGACUACUGGAUCAGCAGUAACACAAGUCACAGAAAACACUAAUGAUCAUGAACUAGCCGCUAGUGGUGGUCAUGGUGAUGAUUUGGGUGGUGGUGGUGGUGGUGGCAGUGCUAGCGAUGAUGAUGAUGAUGAUGAUGCUUUGAGUGAAGCGCAUCGAGACUCUAGGGAAGGUGGAAGAGGGGAUGGAGCUCCGGAGAAUGAGGACGAUGGCAUCGGAAGAGGGGACAAGGCGGAUGUUUCCAUCCCCCUCUAUGUUGAUGUCUACGACCAUCGUGGCGACAUUGACAGCGGUGGUCGCAGCAAUGUAUAUGGAGACGCCAAAGUGGUGGGCCGUGGUGAAGAUGGUAGUGAUGGUGACAUUGAUGUUGGUGCUGAUGGAGACACUCUGCCCCAUCCUCAAGGCAAUGAUAAGGCGGCAUGGGGCGAUGACUCUCCUAAUAACCCUAAUGACAUCAACACCACAGAAUUAAGGGAUGGAGAGGCAGAUGGAGCUGCUGGAGCUGCUGGAGCUGCUAUAGCUACGGGAAGUGGUAAUGGAGCUGCUGCAGGUGAUGGUGGAGCUACUAUAGACAGUGAUGAAGCUGCUGGAGCUGCAGAUGGUGGUGGAGCUGCUGGAGGUGAGGACACUGCUGGAGGUGGUGGUAGAGCUAUCGGAGGAGGUGGAGCUAUUGGAGGUGGUGGUGGAGCUAUUGGAGGUGUUGGUGGAGCUGCUGGAGUUGAGGACACUGCUGGAGGUGGUAGUGGAGCUACUGGAGGUGGUAGUGGAGCUACUGGAGGUGGUAGUGGAGCUAAUGGAGGUGGUAGUGGAGCUAUUGGAGGUGGUGGUGGAGCUAUUGGAGGUGUUGGUGGAGCUGCUGGAGUUGAGGACACUGCUGGAGGUGGUAGUGGAGCUACUGGAGGUGGUAGUGGAGCUACUGGAGGUGGCAGUAGAGCUGCUGGAGGUGACGACACCGCUGGAGGUGGUGGUGGAGCUACUGGAGGUGGUGGUGGAGCUGCUGGUGCUGGUGGUGGUGGAGCUACUGUUGGCAGUGAUGAAGCUUCUGGACCUGCAGGUGGAAAUAAUGGUGGAGCUGCUAGAGAUGGUGGUGGAGCUGCUGGAGGUGGCAAAGCUACUGGAGGUGGUGGUGAUGGAGCUGCUGAUGGAGGUGGUGGAGAUGCUGGAGCUGCUGAUGGAGGUGGAGCUGCUGGCACUGCUAAUGGAGGUGGUGGUAGACUUGCUGGAGGUGAUGGUGGAGCUGCUGGAGGAGCUGCUGAAGGUGGUGCUGGAGGUGACAGAGACGCAGGAUCAGCCGUGUCUCCCCCGCAUGCCCUGGGAGUCUCGGCCGUCUUGUGUCUCCUCCUCACGCCUCUCGCCAUCCUCAUCCUCAGAAGAUGUGUGCACAGGAGGCGGCGGGUGAUGAUCGUCACCCUGAGGGUCACGGCCGUGGAGCUGGAGGACAGCCCGCGGGGACCCCGGCGCAAGCGAGGCGGACGAGGAGAGGUCGCGACGGGUCCGCGGGGUGAGCUGGGGGUGAGCAGACACAGCUACAGCCUGGGCCAGUUCCCCGGGGGGCGCGACGGGAGGGAGCCGGGGGAGGGGAGGUGUGUGUGCGACCGCGGCUGUGUCGGGGUUUACCACACCACACAGCGAUACGUGUGACCCCUCCCCCCGUGUGUGUGUGAGUGUUGCGGGGGAGCGGC